GUCAUUGCCCAAGCCUCCCAAGCGUCAAAGCGAGGCCCCCUAGGGCAAUGACUGGAUAUCUCCAGGGCCUUGCAACCUAAACUUUUAGUGUGUAUGGUUAUUGGUUAGGAUGCGUUGACGGUCAAACAUUACUUGUUUCCUUUCCUCUUGAAACUCCACUGAAUCUCCGCCACCCACCACUUGUCGCCUUUCUAUUGGACCCCCCUCUCCUCGUGACCACACCUUUUUAACUAUCCUCUCCGAUUCGCAUUUUAACCCUCGCUUUGACGCAGGACUCUUCUUCUAUUCAUCAUCAUCCCCAUUCCAAAAUCUUUCUAAGGCAGAAGUUACUUUUUAGUUUGAUAAAGCAAGGAUGCUGCCUACUGAAUCAUCGCGUGAGGAAAAUGUCUACAUGGCCAAGUUGGCUGAACAGGCUGAACGUUAUGAGGAAAUGGUGGAGUUCAUGGAAAAGGUUGCAAAGACCGUGGAUGUCGAGGAGCUAACAGUGGAGGAAAGGAAUCUUCUCUCUGUGGCUUACAAGAAUGUCAUUGGGGCUAGGAGGGCUUCAUGGAGGAUAAUCUCUUCCAUUGAGCAGAAGGAAGAGAGCAGAGGAAAUGAGGAUCAUGUCACAAUCAUUAAGGAGUACAGAGGUAAGAUUGAAGCAGAGCUGAGCAAGAUUUGUGAUGGGAUCUUGAGCCUCCUUGAGUCACAUCUCAUUCCCUCUGCCUCAUCUGCGGAGUCUAAGGUAUUCUACCUCAAGAUGAAGGGUGAUUAUCACCGGUAUCUUGCUGAGUUUAAGACUGGAGCUGAGAGGAAGGAAGCUGCUGAGAGCACUUUGUUGGCUUACAAGUCUGCUCAGGAUAUUGCUCUCUCUGAACUUGCUCCUACCCACCCAAUAAGGCUUGGACUUGCCCUUAACUUCUCUGUGUUCUACUAUGAGAUCCUGAAUUCACCUGACCGUGCAUGCAAUCUAGCAAAGCAGGCCUUUGAUGAGGCUAUUUCCGAGCUGGAUACAUUGGGUGAGGAAUCUUACAAGGACAGUACAUUGAUCAUGCAACUUCUCCGAGACAACCUGACACUCUGGACUUCUGAUAUCACGGACGAAGCUGGGGAUGAGAUCAAGGAAGCAUCAAAACGUGAAUCAGGUGAAGGACAGCCACAACAGUGAUGAGUUAAGAUCCGUAGGAUUAUGUGUACUGUGUUCUUGUCUUGUGACCUCUGCAUAGAUAGAAUGCCCUGGUUGUUGUAGCUUGGAUUGCUUAAUGAAUUUGGUAAUCCUGAGUGCUGAUAGGCACUUGGGAUUGAAAUGUUCUUCUGACAGAUUAUCAGCCUUCUACUAUUGAUGUUUAGAAUGGAAGUUGGUAUUCUUAUUGCUUA